AUGAAGUUCUUCGCUGUGGGCAUAUUUUCGCUUCUUCCUGUCGCACUGGCGGCUUUUGGAGUCACGACGUCCGGCUCCAACAUGGUGGUGGACUCUGGGGCGGGGUUGGUUACCACGAUCAACACCUCUAAUGGCGACAUUACAUCCCUCGUCUUCAAUGGAAAGCAGCUCCAGGACCCCUCGAAGUUCACCCACCUGAGCUCCGGGUUAGGAAGUGCCACUGUAACUUCUAGCGUUGUAAACAAUAUCGCUGUCAUCACAGUUAAGACCAGUACUAUUACGCAUUAUUAUAUUGUCAGGUCUGGCGUCAACACCCUCUAUAUCGGGACCUACGCUUCCGCAGAGCCCUCGGUCGGCGAACUACGUUUCAUUGCCCGUCUCUCGAAGUCGGCACUCCCGAAUGGUGUUGUGUCUGCUGAAGUUAACGGUGGCUCGGUCAUCGAAGGCUCUGACGUCUUUUUGCUCAAUGGACAAACACGGUCGAAAUUCUAUUCUAGCGUUCGCUUUAUCGAGGACCAAGUUCAUGGUGUUACUGGCUCCGGCGUUGGUGUCUACAUGAUCAUCCCGGGCGUUGGCUAUGAGACCUCCUCUGGAGGGCCAUUUUUCCGAGACAUCGAUAAUCAGGGAUCGGCUCAGCAAGAGCUGUACUUUUACAUGAACUCGAACCAUCAGCAAACGGAGACAUACCGCACCGGCUUUUUUGGGCCGUACGCUAUUGCUGUAACCACAGGAUCUGCUCCUUCGGCCUCCCUCGACACGAUUUUCAUGGAUAACCUUGGCCUUCAGGGCUACGUACCUGCUUCUGGACGUGGCACAGUAUCUGGCACUUAUUCUGGGACGUUUUCCGGUCUUCCGGUGACCAUUGGAUUCAAAAAUUCAGCGGCCCAAUAUUGGAUAGCAGGCUCUGACGGAAGCUUCACUCGCAACAUGAUGAAACCUGGAACGUACAGCGCCACCUUGUUCGAAGGCGAAAUUGAGGCAGAUACCGGCACCGUGACCGUCAGCGCUGGUCGGACCUCUUCAAUUACCUUGGCCCCAACGUUAAGUCGGCCGUCUACUAUCUGGUCUAUCGGCACCGUCGACGGAACACCUGCAGGUUUCUUGAACGCCGAUAAAAUACAAACCAUGCACCCGUCGGAUUCUCGAAUGGGCAAUUGGGGUCCAAUCACGUAUACCAUCGGUUCCAGCUCAGCUUCAUCCUUCCCCAUGGCACAAUUCAAGGGAGUCAACAAUCCUACCACCAUCAAAUGGACUGCUUCGUCUUCUCAAAUUGGGGCACGAACUCUUCGCAUCCGUACCACUGAAGCCUUUGUUGGCGGCCGGCCCCAAAUCACGGUCAAUUCAUGGACGUCAAAUGCACCUUCUGGUAUGGGCUUGUAA